CUCCAGCAGCACUGCGCGGUCGCUCUGAGCCCCCAGGUGAGGAGCGCCAGGUGGGUCUGGGGGUGGCCCGGUCGGGGCAGCACCGCUGGAGCACCAUCAGCAGCCUGAGCGUGGACAGCGGGGUGGUCGGCCUCAGCGACGAGCGCGAGGAGGAGAUGGACAGCGAGCCGCGAAGGUACCGCCGGACCCGCGGGGCCGAGGUGGAGCGGGUCGACAGCGGCAUCGGGCCGGGGCUGUCCCGCACCUGGAAGAGACCCUCGGCCUCCCUCAGAGCCUGGGAGGCGCAGAGACCCUGCCCCGACUGUGGGCUGCGGGACGGGGCCUCCAAAGAGCGGGGGGAGCGCAUGUGUGACCGCUGCUCCAAGCUGCGCACCGAGAGGAAGGAAGCCAUCCUGGAGUUCCUGAACACGGAGCAGAGCUACGGAGAGGACCUGCGCAUCAUCAAGGAGGAGUUCUACGGGCCGAUGCAGAGCGCGGCGCUGCUGACCCCAGAGCAGCUGAGCGUGGUGUUCAGCAACGUGCAGGAGCUCAUCGACGUCAACGACCGCUUCACAGAACACCUGCAGGACAGCAUCGACCAGGCCUUCGACCAGGGAGAUGAAGACCUGCUCACGGUGAACAUAGGAGAGAUCUUUCUGGAGUUCGUCAACAUGCUGCCGGCCUUCCAGACGUACUGCCUGCAGCAGCCCACCUCCGUCAACCUGCUGAACGCCCUGGAGAAGGAGAAGGAGCUGCUCAGGUACUGAUUCUAC